CCAGCUGGACCAACAAAUUUGUAGGGAAGGAAAAAUAAAAAUAAUAAAUAGAAAAUAAAAAAGAGACGGAAUUGGAAGGAUGGAAGCAAAGAAAGAUAGAUAUGUCUUCAAUUGUCCUCCAACCACAACUCUCUCCCAAGGCAAACUCUACUUGCCACAAAUGCCCUUCUGCGAAUCCCAUCUUCAUCACUCAUUCCUUCCUCUCCAUCUCCAAUCUUCAUGGGCCUUUUUGGGUUCUUACAUUCAAGGACUCCGCGGAAAGAGAGACAAACCAAGUUACACACAGCCGCCUCUCUCUAUAGAUACCUUUUAUUGUAAUUACCACUAUUAUUUCCUCUCUUUUUCUCUUUAUAUAAUCUCAAACCUUUUUUUCCACCUCCAAUUGGGUUUGCGUUUCUUUCAUUCAAUCUCCAAGUUUUGUUCUUGGAUUUGUGGUUUUGGAGAAGAAGUGGAGAAAGGCUUUAGUGGGUUCUUGUCAAUUUUCUGUCUUUACCUUUCUCUCUCUCUAAAAGACCCCUAUUUGAAUAGGAUUCGUUUUUCUUCUUUGCCUUAUAUUUUUGGAAUUGUGGUUAAAGACUCAAUUUUGGAAUAGGAGUUGAAAAGGGUUCUCUUGGAUUUGUUGUUUUGGAGAAGAGAUUGAGAAGGGUUUUAGUGGGUUCUCAUCAAUUCUCUUUCUCGACCUUUAUAUUGAAUAGGAUUCCUCUUUAAAGACCCAAAUUUGGAGUAGGCGGUGAAAAGGGCUUUAAAUUGUUGUCAUCGCAUGUCUCUUUCCAACCUUUUAUUUUGCCAAGUUUUGAUGUUGGAGAUGCAAUUAUGAAGGCUAAGAUGAAAAGGGUCUCCAUGGAUUCUCAUCAAUCUCGCCCUACGAAUGUAGAAGCUAAGGCUAAGCUUAAAUAUCAAAAUUUAUUGCAGGACUACUUGGAACUGCAAAAGGAAUUCGUUUCAAAGAAGAGAAAAUUGCAGACUGCGAAACUGAAUAGAGAAAACCUGUUGUCGGAAGUCCGAUUUUUGAGACGAAGACGAAAAUAUUUAUUGAAGUCACAAUCGCCCAAAGAUGAACCAAAAUUCGUACAAGAACACAAUUCAGAUGAAUGUGGCCAAUUGCCUGCAAAUGAGAGGAACUAUAAUGUCAAUGAAGCUGUUCUGAAAGAUCGUUCUCCAAUGCCAGAUAUGAAGCGUAUUUCGAAUGAUGAAGAGCAUGACUUGGACAGAAAAGAAGACAUUGUUUGUGAGCUGCUGAGAGUAGAGAAUAAACCUAAGAAUUGUUUAAUCAAUGAUAAAAUAGUGGAGAAGAAGAAAAUCUCAUUGCAAGAUCAAGUUGCUUUGAAGGUCUGAAUUUUGGAGGACAUUGUUUUAUUGUGAGGAGGAAAAGAGGAACAAGAAUUCAUUGUCAAUGCUUUGAUAAUUUUUUUUUUUUAGGCUCUUUUGUACAUAGGUUUUCCUCCAUUCCCUUAUUUUUCAAGAGAGCAUAUAUUGAGAAUGACCCAUGUAGUUGGGAUUAAGGCUUUUAGGGUAAAGAUGAAAAUUGUUAAACACCUAUCAAUAAGAUCCAUAUUACUAUUUUCUUCCC